AUGCCUCCUCAGCUGAUUCGAGCCAUCGUAUGGACCUUGGCAUACUGCCAGCCCAAGAACAAUCACGAAAGUGCCGGCUUGAAGACAGCGGUGAAGGCUUUGACUACUCGAUUUGGUGUCGCAGAUACCUCUGAUCCUUCUUCUAUUCUUACGCGAGCAAUCAUCGAAUGGGCCAAACCUCUGUGCUACACCUCUUGUGGAAACUACCUUUGCCAGCAGCUUCUCGAGAGGGGAAACCUGUCCGACAAGAAAGCUUUCCUGGAUAUGAUUUGGCAUGACAUUGUGCCAAUCGCAAGCAACAAGUUUGGUACUCAUGUCCUCUGCAAGGCUAUCAAUCUCAAAGAGCUAGAGGAACCUGUUGCCGAAGCCCUGUUCAAACACGGAGCUUUUGACUCGAUGCAGACUGGGACUAGAAGACUCUGGAGGGAGUACCUCGAGAAAUGUCGUCAAGCAAAAAAGUUGGACGUCUUUGACAAAAUUAACUUGGAGAUGGCUGGCCGCUGGGCUCACCUGGCCUGUGUCAACGAGAUUGUUGAAAAUAUAUCGAUGGUGUCCAAUAACCAAUACGGCCACUUUGUCGUCACAAAGCUAGUCAGCUUCCCGAGCUUAUACAAACAGACGUGCGAAGCAAUCAUCGAUUCCUAUCCUCCUGUUGCAACAACCCACCAUGGGGUCAACCUUGCCAAAAUCGCUCUGACUGAAGGGGGUCGGGCGAGCUUCGCCAGAUAUGUAGAAGCAAUAUGCAAGCAGGACGAAGGACGUACUCCAGGGAUUGUCACCAUUGCCACGUCUUCUAUCGGGAAAGCCCAUCUGACAUUUGUCUUGUCAUGUCUUACACCCUCCGAGCAUAUCCGUAUACGAACCACUUGUCGGGCUUACUGCAUCACUCUCCGAAAUUGCCAAAGCGGCAACGAUCUUCUCCGAGCACUUGGCAUCAUGCACUCUACUUCGACCAAGCAUAGAGCCAACAACGGCCUCUAG